GUUGGCCAAUCAGGGAAUAGCAACGAAGUGGAGUAUUUGUCGCUGCUAGUUUCAAUUUGAAAUAUUAUUUAGAAAUUUUUUGAAAAUAUUCAUAUUACUUUUUCGGCUAAUCGAGUUCAAUAUGUCGAUCUUGGCAUAUAAUGGGGGAGCCAUGGUGGCCAUGAAGGGCGAAAAUUGUGUUUCGAUAGCUGCUGAUAGACGGUUUGGCAUUCAGGCCCAAACGGUUGCCACGAAUUUUGAGAAAGUGUUCGAAAUGGGUCCCCAUUUGUAUGUAGGCUUACCUGGUCUAGCCACUGAUACCCAAACCGUUAUGGAAAAGCUCCGAUUCAGAAAAAAUUUAUAUGAGCUUAAAGAAAACCGGCUUAUAUCACCCAAAGUAUUCAGCUCCAUGGUAUCCCACAUGUUGUAUGAAAAUCGAUUUGGACCAUUUUUUGUGGAACCCGUUAUUGCUGGGCUCGAGCCCAAGACCUUCCAGCCUUUUAUAUGCAAUAUGGAUUUGAUUGGAUGCAUCAAUGAGCCAGACGAUUUUGUUGUAGGGGGGACAGCUUCUGCACAAUUGUAUGGUAUGUGUGAGUCCUUGUGGGAGCCUAAUUUGGGACCUGAUGAUUUAUUUGAGACCACAUCCCAAGCUCUGAUUAAUGCCUUCGACAGAGACGCUAUUUCUGGUUGGGGCGCAACCGUCUAUAUCAUUGAAAAGGACAAGGUGACUAUUAAAAACCUGAAGACGCGUAUGGACUAAGCCACAGUCAUUAUAAACUGAAACUGUUUAUAAAUUAAGUGUAUUUUAAGAAAUUUCAAUUUUUUAUUAAUAAAUAGGUUAAUCCUGCUGUUUUCCUAGUGGGUUGAAGGGGAAAUUUUAACAGUUUUAUUAAAUCGCUUCCUGGGUGCAAUAAUAUUACAUAUCAAAAAAUAGCUGUUUCUAGUUAAUAUACUUUUUGUUUUAAAAAUAAAGUAAAACAAAUCAGCAUAAAUUUUGUAAUAAGUAGGACAGUUGAUAUGAGUUAUCUAAAUGCUAAACUGCUAUAUUUAUUCAGUUUAUCCAUGAAAGUACAAAAUAGUAAAAUAUAAAAAAACUGCAACAUGUUCCAACCAGAUAAUUACACAAUGAUUUAAUAAUAUUUAAUAGAAUUCCAUUUUGAACCCCAAAUCGAAAAUAGCGAAUCAAAAAUUAAGUUAGUUAAGUUUUCAAAGAUGAACUAGCAAAAAUUUAAAGGAAAGAAAAAAACGCUGAGUGCGUGGUAGUGUUUUAUUUAAUUAUUAACAACAACAGCAAUUUAAUUUGGCAAAACAACAAAAUUACCACAAAAACUGUAUCUUGACUGUAUAUUUGACAGCACUAUAAAAAGUUAUAUAAAAGGGUAGCGGACUAUCUAGGAAAUGAAAAUUAUUUGGCAUCAGUGAGUGCCAAAAUUUUAUAAAGAACUAUGGUUGCAACAACUGACAAUUUGGUAUCUAUGGCCCCAUCUACUAAAUUCGUAAACUGCAGGAUUACUAUAAAUGUCGCCUAUUUAUAUAGUCCGCUAUUAUUUAAUAUCUCCUGUCUCUUCUAUUAAAAAUGUCCACUAAUCAACCAAGAAAAAGACGGAUAAUAACUGACUCCCUUCUCU